UUUCUCUCUAAGCCCCACCAUUCUCAUCUUUCGAACACAUAAAUUCCUUCUCUUCUCACUCUUCCUCUUCCCAGCUCUUCUCUCUCUCUCUCUCAGAUCCUCAUCAUAUACCACUUUGCUUCCAUCUGUAACACUGCAACGUCACUCAUCAAAUCUUACUCUUAUUUCUUUCUCUUCAUCUUCUACUAUUUCUUUCAACAAUUUCAUCAAGCUAACACCAAGCCCUAGCUAACUAGCAUAUGCAUCGCAUCGCAUCGCAUCACCCUUACACCCCAUCUUGUGAAUUCCAAACAGAAUGCGAAAUAUCAACACCGUGAAGCAAGAAUUCCUCAAAAAGUGGAUAUGGGGUCUCAGAAAAUAUCGCUCUCAAAAGAAGAACAUGAGUCUGUUGGAGAGAAAGAAAGCCAUAAAGCUGUCAGCAGAUUUGGCCAUGGCUUCCACCAGAAACAAAACCACUCGCUGGAGCAAGGCCCUCAUAGCCAAUGCUUCCAAAAAUAGCAACAACAAAGUCCUCACGGAACACGUGCUAGGCUCAUCACCACCGGUAAGGAAAAGCUCUACCAAUUAUUCCCACAGCAGAAGGAUCAGAAGCUGCAGAAAGAGCUUGAGAAGAAACCGCGCGGUCCACAUACCAAAGGAUAGGGUGGUGGCGAGUUUCAUUGCGAGAAAGCUGGUCCAGAAGAGAACGCGGAGGCUGAAGAGUCUCUUACCAGGAGGAGAAUUCAUGGACGAUGUGUCUCUGGUGGAGGAAACCCUAGAUUAUGUACAAUCACUGCGAGCUCAAGUUGAAGUAAUGAGAUGCCUCGUCACUGCCUCAGAGCUCAUGAUCCUAAAUCCAUCGUAAAUAUCUCUUUAGAAUAUACAAUUAUAAUCAACCCAUAAUAUGCUUCAUUGUAUUAUAUUUUUAUAAUAUUAUGUUUUAAUAUUUCUUUUCUGGUUUUAUGGAAUUUGCCCACUUCACAUUUUCUCUUUGUGAGAUAGAAGGGGUGGAGAAAAUUAAAAAAGAGGCGUUCCCAUGUAUACGCUAAGGCAUUGUACAGAGGUAAACAUAUAUAUAUAUAUAUAUAUAUAUAUA